UACCCUAGGUACCUACUGUUUUUCGAAAAAGCUGGUCCAGGUCUCGGAAAUGACUGGCUCUGCACAGGCAGAGAGCUAUCUCAAUGCUUGGUCUUGCCGCUUGCAUUAGCGGUGCCGCAUCCCUACCUUAAGGUACUGGUAACGUCUGGUAUCGACAUAUGCCCAGCACCUUCCAACGUCCAGUCCAUAUCAUCACAAUGGAAGGGUUGAAACGACUAGAGAGGGCAAGUGCCAGCCAUAGAUGCACCUCGGGCCAAUCACUUCUUUGCCUUCGCCUCGUCCGCGCUUGCUGUUGAGCAAUGGCCCUGAUGUGACAACAAGGUAACUGAGUGAUCGCGUUUGGUUUCUACAAGCACUGGUUAAUAAUAUCUUCAUCUUCAACAACCAACCCGGCAUCAAAGCAUACCAUACGCCGACAUUCCUCGAACAGACUAGCCACACCGUCUCCAAAGUCAACAUGCUCCUGAGCACCGCACUUCUUAGCUUCGUCGCCUUGGCUACCUCUUUCCACUCCGACCCUAGCAAUGAACCACGCGCCCUCGGCUACACGGGACUCAGAUUCAGCGACGGAAUCAACUUCACAAGAGAAAUGGCUCCUCAGAGGCUCUGUGCCGGGCCCUCGCACCUCAGCCAACACAGAUCUCACUCUGGUCUUCCGUUAGCGUGGACGCGGGACUGCCGUAGCCUGGAGCUCGCAUGGAGACACUCGGCCGUCAGAGGCUCCUUUGCGAUCCCUGCCACGCAGCUCGAGAAGUCCAGCGGCUUUCACACCAUCGUUCACCACAAUACUUGCAACCUCGCCGUCGCCUCACCCCGAGGUUACGGGAUCUCUUUCGGGGACACCGAUGUCAAGCGGAUCCUCUACUCUGCUAUGCAGCGUGCUUCGCAUGGCUCCUUAAUGUCAGCAGAAGGAUACUUGCCCUGUCCAGAUUCGAACGGGCUCGGCAACGUCGUCAUGACAUGGCAGCUCUAUGGCACCGCUGAGCCCCCCAAGAAAAAGACAAAGAGCGGAUAAUGAACGGCCAUGGUAAACCUACGGGCUGCGAGAACUGGGCGAUGUUGAGCAGUGGUUUGAAAUGGCCGGGUUGGGAAGAGAUAUUGUUACUGCAGUGUUAUUACUCAAUGUCCUAUUCUUUCACGCAACA